AUGCAGCAGGCCGUCUCCGUACAGGAACAUGUGGUUCUGAACGCUCAAAGCCUGUUCCCAUCACAAGAGUGUCAGCCCUUGUCUCUCCCAGCCACGAGGAGGCUGUUGCGGGUCAGACUGGCUCUGGCUGAGCUGUCCUUAGCCAUGCUGGAACAGGUGUGUGCUGAGGAGAACAGACUUGCCCUGGCCCAGGACAGGAAAGCCUCUGUGGAGAGAACCGUGGAGGAGUUUGUACGCAUUACACCAGACCUCGGAUCUGUAGAGCAGGAGUGGAUAACUACAGGGAGGACCCUGGGGCAGGUGGCUUUGAGCCAGCUGGCCACAGUCAACUUCCUGUCCCUUGACUGUUUGGAGACCAGAGCCAGCUCUCUGAGCCUGAUGGGGAAAUGCCUGAGGCUGCUAGCCAUGCAGAGAGACCCGCUCUACCCCUUCACCCUCUGGGAUGGACACAACCUGGAGGAGGACCGGUCAGAGUCUAAAGCCAGCCCUGAGGAGGAGGAGGAGUUAACCGGAGAGAAUGGCCGAGAGUCAAGCAGAACGGAGCCCAGACAGUAUGCAGCCAAAUAUGCUGAGUUGCAGAGAAGAAGACGUUCUGCCCAGCAGCUUCUGGCUCAGGCCAGUGAGACUUUAGCACAGGCCGUCAGCCUCUGCCUCCAACACAAACUCCCCAGCUCCAUCCUCUCAGAAGCCUGUCUCAAUAUGCUGGAGUGUCACGGACAGUUUGACCCCUGUGCCACUGGUCAAUACCUAGCCCUGCUCCAGAGCUGCUCCUGCACGGCUAUGAUGGCUGACAUUCUAAGAUCUGCUUGCACUGACGCUCGUGUGUCCCAGCUCUCUGCGCUACUCAACUUACACAGCAACCUGCUCCCCUCACAGGAGGAGACCCCCACUAGUCUGCUGAAGGGAGUGGAGGACUCACUCAAUGGCCUCUCCAAGACCUACAGCCACCUGACCAUCAACCCAAGUCACCUGAGUCUCCUGGGAGAGCUGCCCUCUAACCUGAAGAUCCUGCUGCUUCAGCACACACAAGACAGACACCAGACGCCAUCAAUUUCCAUCCCGGAGUCCAUCCGGCCCAAAGAAAAGGAGGAGAAAGCAGGCCUAGAUAAAGGUCUAGCGGUGGGGUCUCCUGCAGAGCUCGGGGAGUAUGUCGUGCUCCUGGCCGACUGGAUGCUCAUGGAACUACCACUGGAAGCGUUGGCAAUCCUGCAAGAAGAGGGGCUGAGCUCUGUAUCUCGUGACUUCUCACUGCAACUCCUCCACACUCGCCUGCAGAGAGAGGAACCAGUUGAAAGUGACAACAAAAAGGAGACCAAAGGUGGAAAGGGAGCCAAGGGGAAGGUAGAUCAAAGCAAAGCCAUCAAAAUGGUGCCGGUCAGUCGUGUCUUGCCUCCCAACACCCUCCCAGUAGACACACACAACUUCAAAUAUAUCAUAGACCCUUACAACGAAGAGGAAUAUGAAGGCAGCAGCCUGACAGAGAGGAUGAAGAGGACUUUGGAGGCAUACAGCCAGCAGUUCACCCCACUGUGGGAGGGCUUUUUGGGAAGUGAACACACUCCCAGUCUCGCAGAGCUGGAGCAGCUGCUGACAAACUGCAGUGCUUUCAUCUUCCAUGGAAUGGAGCGCUUUCUCGCUAACAUCCCACCAUCCAAGCUGGCUGCCCUCAACCUUUCUGAGUGCCAGAUGGCUGUCCUUUUCGACCUCGUCCAGAACAGCGCCAGCAUGCUACGGCAAUCCAAGCUAGAUGUGCAAAAGAGUGAUGGGCACCUGGCCCUGGAGAGGCCCCUGGAGACAGUCCUGCUACUCACUCUGAGUGGCGUCCGUUGUGUUCUGCUCAACCAGUGGCACAGCAGCCCCCAGAGGAACAUAAAUAACAUGGACUCCGUCAUGGAGAAUCUCCUGAGGGUGGGCCUGACCUCUGGCCAGACUGUCCAUGCACUGAGGAAGGGAGAAGUCCAGAGGACAGAGAAAGACACAAACACUGCAGGAUCAGUUGAUGCCAUAUGCCAUGAGGAUUCGGUAAAUAGAGAUGGGAAUGCACAUGAUGCUCAACCAAGAUUGACCACUUCACCAUCAGCCUUCAAUUGUGUCGUCUAUGGACUGCCUAACUUAGUUAUUACAUGAGCCGCUUCAGUCCCUCGUGACAUUCCUUCAAAUUUAAGGAUAAUAUUAAAAUUGUUUUAUUAAAAGAAAACAUCAACACAAUGUCAUCUAAUAACACAGUUAUUCCUAAGGCUGUACAAUUACAAACAGAUCCCAAAAAUGCAUUAGCCAAGA